AUGGAACUCAUCGAGCUGCGGGAGCUGCAGCCGGAGCCUCGGCCGGGCCGGGGCCGCCUGGAACGGGCCAACGCUCUGCGCAUCAGCCCGGCCCGCCGGCCCGGCCCCGGAGCGCAUCCUGACCCGCGGCUGACGGCGGCACCGGGCGGCGGGCACCGCUUCGAGCCGCGGCGCCGCGGGCUGCACACCUGGUGCGAUCUCUGCGGGGACUUCGUCUGGGGCGGCGGCAGGAAGAGCCUCCAGUGCCGCCACUGCAGCUUCACCUGCCACUACCGGUGCCGGGCCCUGGUGCGGCUGGACUGCAGUGGCCCCCCGGGUGCCAGCGAUGAGGAUGAUGGCAACGAGCAGGUGCUGGAGAAGGACACCAACGUGGCCCUGGCCCGGGCGCGGGCCGCGCGCGCCGCCACCCCCUUCGUGUUCACGCGGCGCGGCUCCAUGUACUACGAUGAGGACGGGGAUCUUGCUCACGAGUUCUACGAGGAGACAAUCGUCACCAAGAACGGGAGGAAGCGCGCCAAGCUGAAGAGGAUCCACAAGAACCUGAUACCUCAGGGCAUAGUGAAACUAGAGCACCCUCGCAUUCACGUGGAUUUCCCGGUGAUCAUCUGCGAGGUGUGAGUCCCAGACAUCUCUGCCUGCGGGCGGGAGGCCCUGCCCCACCGCCCCCAGCCUUGCCGGGCCAGGCUGCCCCAUGUUCCCACCCGAGGAGGACUCCGGGCGCACGGCGGGACAGUGGCUCUCCCCUCGCCCGGAGGUGAGGCGGAGCAGAGCAGGCCCUCGCAGGAGAUGGGUGACCUCGUGCAACGACUGCUUAAAAACAUCCUCGCUUGAGUCAGAAGACUAAAAUACCUAUUGUAGCCUCUA